AUGAAGCUUCCUAUCGUUGAACCCAAGGCGAUCGCCGUCGGCUUUGUGGCAGCGGCUAUGGCCGCUGCUCAGCAGUCGAGCAGCGCCAGCAUGUCGAUGUCUGCCUCGGCUUCCGCCACCGCUCCGUCGUCGGCGUCGUCGACAGCCUCUACUUCAUCUUCGGCCCCGUCCAAUCCGCUCAUCACGCGCAACCCGCCGGAGCAGGUCGACCUGUCCCUCAACCUCACCUCGGGUCCGUAUGACAACUACUUCUAUCGAUCGAACCUCACCGCAGCGCAGGUGCUGCUCACCAACACCUCGGCAGCCAACCCGAGCGACAACUCGACCAAGCCGACGCUCAACCGCUUCCUCGUUGCUCUACCCGCCGGCAACUCGGGCUCGGUCGCCUACUUCCUUCCCUACACCAACGGCUCCACUGCCAACGCUACCAACUCAACUGGGUCGGGACUGACCGUGACGUUGGGUGAGAGCGGUAUCAAGGGUGCUUAUGGCGACGGCGGCCUGCACGGUGUCACGGGCGAGCUUGUGCUGUCUCAGUCCGCCACGCUGGGCACCACGCUGCUUGGCUCGAUCCGAACGGUGCGCGACUACACCGAGGGCAAUGGUCUUACCAACCAGAUUUUCAACUGGACCGUCACCCAAGCCGACAACCAGACCAUCUGGCUGAGCAAGCCGUGGCUCAACGAGACCAUCGUGCGCAAUGCCCAGGGCGAGCAGACAGGCACGGCACGCUACUCGCUCGAGUGGCUUCUGCAGGCCACCAACGGCACAUCGUUUGAGGUGAUCCCUUCGAACAACGGCACCUACACCCCUCCCACUGUUCACAUCCUCACCCCGCCUGUCAACACCAACGAUACCACGCGCGCGAUGCCUCAGCCAGCCACGGUGACGUUCACGGUGCAGGUCAACGAGACGGCGCUCGCGCCUCUCUCGGUCGACACGCUGUUUGCCUCCAACACUUCGGCAUCCAUGCAGCCCCAGGCACAGACGCAGUUCUCCUUCCUCACCUACGCCUCCAAGUUCACCGCAGGUGGCUGGAGAUUCCUGACGUACUUUGGCCGUGACACCAUGUUUACGACGCGCAUGUUGAUGAACAACAAGACGCUCACGCCGUUUGCCAUCGAGUCGGUGCUCGGAGGCGUGCUCGAGCGCAUCAACAUUACCUCGGGCGAGGUCUGCCACGAAGAGACCAUCGGUGACUACGCCACGUUCGUCAACAUCGGAGAGGGUCAGCCCGAGAAGGGCAACGAGCCUUUCUACGACUACAAGAUGAAGGACACCCAUUAUGCCCUGCUUCCUCAGCUCGCCGACUACCUCUUGCGCUACAAUGCGACCUCGAGCAACCUCACUGCAAGCGAGGAGGCACGUCAGUUCCUCGCUCGACCUGCUACCCUUGCUAACGGCACGGCAUACUCGGAGCUUCUGUACGCCAACAUCGGGUACGUGCUCAACACCUCCACCGCCUUUGCCAACGACCCUACGAAUUACACCAACUUGGCUCGCAUCAAGCAAGGAGUGCCCGUGGGUAACUGGAGGGACUCAAAUCAAGGUGGGGGAUGGGGCGUAUACAUGUCCGAUACCUCAACUGCGCUGGUGCCAGCGGCGCUGUAUGCCAUCUCGGACCUUGCUACAUCAGGAUUGCUGCAAAACUUCACGUCGAAGACGGCCAAUAUUUCGAAGGACAAUCUCGCCGAGACGGCGCGAAAUUACGCGCAGGUGUGGGAGGAAGAGGCGCCCAAAUUUUUCCAGUACAACGUCACGUCCGAAGAUGCAGAGUCGCGUCUGCAGGGCUACGUGCAGCGUGCCAACCUCUCGGACUCCCUGCUCUACGGACAAGGCUCGCUCAAUUCGACGUCCGCAGGCAACUCGACUGGAAACAGCACCGCCGAGUCUGGCAUGCAGCGUCGCUGGGGCGGUGUGUCGUUCGGCCGCGAGGCUGAGUUCUCGCUCCUGUCGGCUCGACAGGCCUCGGGUACGAACGGCACCAACACGACCCAGAGCUCGGGUGGUAGUGGCAACCAGACGACUCUGUACGGUCUCUCCUUGCUCGAAGACGGCACGGUUGUACCUGUUCAGAACUCGGACCUUUCGUUCAAUCUGCUCUACUCGCGACGUCCCUCGCGCGCGCUGAUCGAGGCGGUCAUCACCGCCCUCCAGCCGUACCCCCGCGGACUCCUCACCAACGUCGGUAUGCUCGUCACCAACCCGGCCUACGAUCCGAACACGACCAAGACCGAGGAGCUUGACCGCACCGCGUACCACGGCACGGUAUCGUGGGGAUUCCAGACCAACUUCAUGGCCUCGGGUCUCGACCGGGUGCUGGCAUCGUGCGACAACUCGACGACGCGUACCGAGGUGGAAAAGUCCGGCCUGACCGAAAGGCCCGAGUGGUGCGAUGACCAACAGCUGGUGGAUCGUCUCACCAAUGCACAAGCCAUGUUGUGGCAGGCUGUUAACGGCGCCUACGAGGAGCGCUUCGCCGAGGUCUGGAGCUGGACGUGGAGCAACGAGACCAACCGCUUCAGCGUCACCGCCCUCGGAGACAUCAGCCCCGAGGGCACCGAGAGCGACGCCAUCCAGCUCUGGAGUUACGGCCUGCUCGGUAUCCAGGACCCCACCAUGGCUGCGAGCAACGCUUCUGCUACUCCCGCAUAG